AGUAUUUUCAUUUGCAAAGUCAUACAAAACAUCCAGUCACACUACAAUAAUUGGGCAUUUCUCAUAUCUCAAACUAAAGUGUUCACUCUACCUCUCUUUUUCCAUUUUUCUCCAUUGGCGGCCUAAUAAUUUUCUUCCUCUUGCUUUUUGAUUCAUUUUCAAAGAAACUUCCGAAAAUUUCAUAGUCUAUCUUUAUUAAAAACCCAAUAUUUCAACCCAUUUCUUGUUCAUUCAAAUCAAGCAAAAAGGAGAUAUUGAAUCCCUCUCCAAAAAUCUUCCAACAUGUUCAUUCAUCGACUCCUUUUUGCUUCAAUAUUCAUAGUUUAUUGCCUCACAACGCUUACAAAUGGAGCUACACUUCCAGAUGAUGAAGUGGAAGCUUUGAUAAGCAUUAGUCAGGAAUUGAGGAAGACAGACUGGAACUUUUCUAUUGAUCCAUGCAGUGGAGGCGAUAAUUGGUUGGAUGAAUCCACACCUGCUAAUAAUGUUACUUGUGAUUGCUCCUUCAACAAUAACACUAUUUGUCAUGUUACCCACAUAUUACUCAAGGGACAAAAUCUCUCGGGUACUCUUCCACCAAACUUAACAAGUCUCCCUUACCUGCAAGAAAUUGACCUAACUCGAAACUAUCUUAGUGGCCCCAUUCCUCCGGAAUGGGGUUCUUCUACACGACUCGUCAGCAUUUCCCUUUUUGGAAAUCAAUUAACAGGUCAAAUCCCAGAAGAGCUAGCAAAUCUCAGCAAUCUUACCUCCUUAAUCCUUGAGAACAAUCGUCUUUCAGGAUUUUUGCUUGCAGCGCUAGGGAAUCUAUCCAAAAUUGAGCGAUUACAUCUUAGUUCCAACUAUUUUACUGGUGAAAUACCAGACACCUUUGCUAGUCUGACUUCAUUGAAGGAAUUUCGGAUUAGUGACAACGACUUUAUAGGACAGAUUCCUGAGUUUAUAUUUCGAAAUUGGACAACUCUCGAACAGAUAUAUAUGGAGGGAAGUGGUUUGAGUGGUCCAAUUCCAUCCAUUAAUGCUACUUUAGAAAACUUAGAAUACAUAAUAAUUAGUGACUUGAAUGGAACUGAAACAAGUUUUCCACAACUACUCAUCAACGCCAGUUUGCCUAAAUUGAAAAGACUGAUGUUGAGGAGUUGCAAUGUCACUGGAGAGAUACCUGCUUCUUUUGGGAGAUUUACAACAAUAAAUAUCUUAGAUCUCAGCUUUAACAGACUCCGUGGAAAAAUUCCAGAAGAGCUUUCUUCUCUUGCUUUGAAUAAUUUUGAUCUUUCUUAUAACAACUUCGCAGACACUGGUGUAUCAGGCUGCCAACGAAAUAGCGUGAACUUGUUCUCAAGCAUUUCAAGAGUCAAUAACACGGGAAUUGUUCCAUGUUUGAGAAGCCAAAUUAACUGCACAUCAGGACCUUUGCACUUUUUCUAUAUAAAUUGUGGAGGGGGAGAAAUAACUGUUGAUGGCACCACUUACGAAGCCGAUGACGAUCAAGCCGGGCCUUCGACAUUUUACCGAAGUACCAACUGGGCAUUUAGCAGCACCGGAAUUUUUCUAAGCGAUGACCGCCCCGACGACAUCUUACUUUUGGACGAUGGCCAAGUUACUACUUCCUUAGCUGAAGAAGUACUACUGUACAGAAAUGCGAGGCUUGCGCCUAGCUCUUUAACUUACUAUGCAUUUUGUCUCGCCAAUGCAACUUACACCGUACACCUCCAUUUUGCUGAGAUUCAGUUCACUAAUGAUCGAACUUAUAGAAGCUUGGGGAGACGCAUAUUUGAUGUUUACAUUCAGGAAAGCGGAGUGAAGGAUUUCAAUAUUGAAGAAGCAAAUGGAGGGCAGCAUACCCAAAGUAAAAAUUUUACUGUAAAUGUAACCGAUGGCACUUUGGAGAUCCGUUUCGAUGGGCGGAAAGGGACAACUUCUAUGCGGAGAGAAGCAUUUACGGUCCUCUUAUCUCAAAGAAUAUCUGUUUUUGAUCCUGUUUUUAAACCAGGUUAUAAACCUCCAUCAAAAAGCGGCAGCGGUCCUCCAUCGAAAAAGGUUGAUCGUAUCUCGACAGCUGCAAUGGCUGGUAUCGUGGCCGGAGCAGCGUUUGCUACUUUGUUGAUUGUAGGCAUCUGUUGGUGGAAUUGCUGUUACAAAUUAGAUGAUGAAAUAUCUGAUGUUCUCUUUGGCGAUGAAUUCCAAAAUGGGAUGGAACUUAGAAAGUUUUCCUUGGUACAAAUAGCUAAAAUGACCAAUAAUUUCAACGGUGAAAAACUAGGAGAAGGAGGGUUUGGUGUAGUUUAUAAAGGGUACUUAAAGGACUUAGAUACUUAUGUUGCUGUUAAACGGAUUUCAAAGGCCUCUAAGCAAGGAAUUAAGGAAUAUGCAUCUGAAGUGAAGAUUAUUAGCCGAUCAAGGCACAAGAAUCUUGUGAAGCUUAUUGGUCAGUGUCAUGAAAAAGGAGAACUUAUACUUGUUUAUGAGUUGAUGGCUAAUGGCAGCGUAGAUUCCCAUCUUUUUAAAGGUAAAACCUUAUUGACUUGGGAAGUGAGAUUUAAAAUUGUGCAGGACCUGGCAUCAGCACUAUUCUAUCUACAUGAAGAAGGUGACCAUUGCGUACUACACAGAGAUAUCAAAGCGAGCAACAUUAUGUUAGAUUGUAGUUUCAAUGCUAAACUUGGGGAUUUCGGGCUUGCUAGGCUAGUGGAUCAUGCAAAAGCGUCACAAACCACCCAUUUAGCUGGGACUAUGGGCUAUUUGGCACCUGAAUGCGUUUCAUCGGGAAAGGCUAGCAAGGAAUCGGAUGUCUACAGUUUUGGAGUUGUGGCAUUGGAGAUUGCAUGUGGCAGAAGAUCAAUAGAGCCCAAAUAUGAAGAAUCUCAAGCAUCGUUGGUAGCCUGGGUGUGGAAUGCAUAUGGAAGCCAACGGUUGCCUGAUGUAGCUGACCCAAAACUAUGUAUGAACUUCGAUACUAAACAAAUGGAAUGCUUGCUAAUGGUUGGACUGUGGUGCGUCCAUCCAGACCAGCAUUUAAGACCGUCUAUAAGGCAAACAAUUCAGGUUCUUAAUUUCGAAGCACCAUUGCCGAAGCUUCCAGGUACGAGGCCAACUCCCACAUAUGAUGCACAAAUCACUUCAGGAAUUCAAGCAAGUGAGCCAUGUUUUUCUAGUAUGAGUAUUACAGUGCCGCGUUAGACUAAUAUAAUUAUCAUAUACAUCAUAUUCAAAUUGAUAAAAGAUGCCUAUUGACAAUGGUGUACAUAUUUAAUGAUUAAACGCUUUUGAUUUUAAAUAAAGAGUUAGAAUUUUAAAUUUACACAACAA